GCGGGAGUGUCAACUACAUUUUGAACCAGUGAAAAUAGCACAAGAAAAAGGGACGGACACGGAUUUAAGGCAUUAUUUGAUUGUUGUAGGCCUAACAUUGUAUCACUCUAUCACUAUCCAAGAAGAGCCAGUAUGUGCGAUAAAAACAAACAGGUCAGCGAGUGGCUGAAAGUGGUACUUGGAGAAGUUCCGUGGUUUGAGGUGAAUAUGCGCACGAUUGACAUUUUAUACAAGCUAUCAAAGGACAGUGAACAGCGAGGCCAAGAAGUUGGUUGGUUGGUGGAGGACGUGAAGCAGAAAACUGGGGAGUGCAAGGCAGACGGAGUGUACCACCAAAAGGUACUUCAGAGUGCAUUGGGUGAAAACGUGUCCCGUGGGAAGCUGAACCCCAUGAUCCGCUCUCUGAACACAUUAGAGAGUAUGGCCAUGGCAUUUAAAAUGAAGGACACCAAACUGGCAAGCUUUUUGGCCAGUACUAAUGACCAAACCAAAGCGCUUCUGGAGGUGGAGGAGGAGCACGGGGAGCAGCAGAAGAAGUUGCGCUCCCUGGAAAAGAAGAAGAACGAGGUUUUGAACUCUCACAAGUCUUUACAAAUAAAAAUAGCAAAGGUGCAAAAGGCUCAGGAAGUGGAGUCUGUUGAGACGGAAGAGAGGCUGCUGAAUAAGAACUUCAUGGAGAAAAAACACCAGGAAAUGACGUCAAGAGUUAGGAGUGCAGAGGAAAAGUUAGCUUCCAGGGAAGUUACUUGGUCUCUAACUCAUCAUUGCAUCGAAGAGAUUUCAAAGCAACUCUCUGCGGUCAAGCAGGAGAUGGACCCUCUAAAAAGAAAACUGCAGGCCUAUCACGGUCUCCCUCUUAGUGUUCCUCUUGCUCGUCUGGCAGUGGCUGAAUCCAAGAAGGAACUGGAAGCGCUUGAUGCCAUUUUGGAUGAAAGAAUUGACUGGAGGCACACAUGAAAUGUCUAUGUGUACAUUCACCUCAAAAAACUCACCAUUCAUUUCUUUUAUGACAUUGUUUGUUCACAGAUUAAUUAAUAAAGCAUUUUAAUGUCAGAGUUCAGAAUUUCUGUAUUACCAUAUUAACUUACAUUCUUAGUAUGGUAUUUUAGAGUGAGAGUGAAAAUAACAGCCUAGAUGAAUAACCACUGUAAAUAACUGUUUAGGAGCAGCCCUCAACAUUGCCACAUUGGCUAAACUUUUUGUUUACUUCUGUGAAAGGAGAGGAGGUUGGUUGGUGUUACAUAGGCCAAGGACGAACUUAACACAUUUUGGUUGGAGAGUGGCAUGACGCAAUGUGGCAACUUAUGGAUCCCAGGAGUAGCCUUGGCAAGAUGAAUGUAUUUCUUUAAGAUCGAGAGCACAUUUCACUAAAUCAGGCAUUUGUUUUUAAUUCAAUUGCUCAUUUUAAUAGUUUUCUUAGCACAUAUUAUUCAUAGGAACAUCCAAAAGAAUGUUCUUGCAGUUGUCGCUCUAGAGGGACCUGUAAGCUAAAUCAAAUGAUUUUGAUCCCAAGUACAAUCAAACAUACAUAAAGACACAGGAGCUCUCUACACUUUUGUGUACAACCAAU